AUGUGGGGAAAUGACGAUGACGAUGAUGAUGACGAUGACGAUGACAAUGACGAUGGCGAUGACGAUGAUGGUGACGAUGACGAUGACGAUGAUGACGACGAUGACAAUGACGAUGAUGACGACGAUGACGAUGAUAAUGACGAUGAUGACUAUGAUGACGAUGACGAUAACCAUGGCGAUGACGACGAUGACGAUGACGACGAUGAUGACGAUGGCGAUGACGAUGAUGAUAAUAAUGAUUAUGACGAUGACGAUGAUGAUGAUGAUGAUGACGAUGACGACGAUGACGUUGACAAUGACGAUGAUGAUGACGAUGGCAAUGACGAUGAUGAUGGUGAUGACGAUGGCGAUGAGGGUGACCAUGACGAUGUUGAUGACCAUGAAGAUGACGAUAAUAACGACGAUGACGAUGACGGCGAUGGCGAUGACGAUGACGACGAUGACGUUGACAAUGACGAUAAUGAUGAAGAUGGCGAUGACGAUAAUGAUGACGAUGACGAUGAAGAUGAUGAUGACGAUUACUAUGAUAAUGACGACGACGAUAACGGUGAUGAUGACGAUGAUGAUGAUUACGAUGAUGAUGACGAUGACGAUGACGAUGACGAUGACAAUGACAAUGACGAUGGCGAUGACAAUGAUGAUGAUGAUGACGAUGACGAUGAUGACGACGAUGAAUAUGACGAUGAUCACGACGAUGAUGAUGACAAUAACCAUGGCGAUGACGAUAUCGAUGACAACGAUGACGUUGACAAUGACGAUGUUGAUGACCAUGACGAUGACGCUGUUGAUGAGGAUGACGAUGAUGACGACGAUGACGAUGAUGAUGACGUUGACGAUGUUGAUGAUGAUGGCAAUGAUGAUGAUGACGACGAUGACAAUGACGAUGAUGACGACGAUGACAAUGACGAUGUCGAUGACCAUGACGAUGACGAUAAUGACGAUGACGAUAAUGACGAUGACGAUGAUGAUGACGAUGAUGAUGACGAUGAUGAUUAUGAUGACGAUGACGAUGGCGAUGACGACCAUGACGAUGACGAUAAUGACGAUGACGAUUACAAUGACGAUGACGAUUACAAUGACGACGACGAUGACGAUGACGAUAAUGACGAAAACGAUGACGAUGAUAUUGAUGAUGACGGUGACGACGAUGAUUAUGAUGACAAUGAAGAUGAUGAUGACGAUGAAGAUGACAAUGAUGACGAUGACGACGGCGAUUACGAUGACGUUAAUGACUACGAUGACAAUGACGAUGUUGAUGACCAUGACGAUGACGAUAAUUCUGAUGACGAUGAUGAUGAUGAUGACGAUGACAAUGAUGAUGAUGAUGACGAUGAUGAUUAUGAAUACGAUGACGAUGACGAUGGUGAUGAGGAUGACGAUGAUGAUGACGAUGACUAUGAUAAUGACGUUGACGAUGAUGAUGAUGAUGAUGAUGGCAAUGAUGAUGAUGACGACGAUGACAAUGACGAUGAUGACGACGAUGACAAUGACGAUGUCGAUGACCAUGACGAUGACUAUAAUGACGAUGACGAUAAUGACUACGAUGAUAUACGAUGA